ACAGUGUGGUCAGGAUUGAGGACUGUGUUUGGUGGGAGGUUCUGGUGAAGGGGAGGUUAAUAUAAAGGCCUAUGGACUCCUUAACACUACAGUUGCAUGCUAAUAAACGGUUUGUAUAUUAUCAUUAUACUAAGAAAGCAGUUGUGCUUGAUGGCUAUUCAUGAUUAACAGAAAAUUAAAAUUCAGGGGUCAAGCUUUUACUGAGUAAUCGUUUGAGGAAAUAAAGCAAGUCAAUGUCAGGUGGAUCAAGACAGGUGCAGGUGUGUCCAAUGAUUUCCAAUGAUUUCAGUGCCAAUGUUAUUUCACUUUCCUGCUCAGAAGCAGCCUGCCAGCUGCCAUUGCAAUGCAUUAAUUAACAUGCCAAUGUCAACGUUUGUGGGUAAGAACAAUGUACAGUAUGUCAUGAAAACUAGAUUUUACCACUAUUUUCCAGCAGGAAACCGGCAGGGUUUAGUCUGAAUGCUGCGUUCUUCUUUCCUGGAAAAAAUAACAUCUUUGGUUCAGAAAUGAGUUGCGCAUUGAGUCUAAUGCUGCUGCUUUCUGUGUGAUAAUACAGAUGUUCUAUUUAGAUUUUAGAUUUUGCUGAGUGUCAUUUUAUGUUAUUCCAAUAGAUUCUUUCCAGGGAACUAUCCCUCACUUUCUAGCUCCCCUCUUUCAAUUGCUACUUAUUGCGUAAAUUAAAAAUAAAUGUUCUUUAUUUUUCCAUUGUGGGAAACUGCCUACUCCAGGGUAAAUUAUGUAGGUGGACAGUUCAUCCAGAAUGGAAAACUAGGCACUUUGUUUCCAAUCAAGUGACUUACUGUUUGUGUUAUGCUACAGAUGGAGCCAAAAAGGCAGGAAUAUGGACUUGUAUGUAAUUGGACUUAGAUUUAAGAUAAGAACAGAGAGGUUAUGAAUUAAUAGCAUGGCUUGCACAUUUACUUGGUCAGGAUUUGCUAGCCCCAGGAAACUGAUCUAUCCACAUUACCCAGACACAAGCUUAAGUACUGGCCUGACUGUUCUGAAAGCAGGCCCUCAUGUUCAUUACAAGGCAACACUUUGACACUUGUCAGAGCCAGCUUUCAUAUAUUUUUUUUAAUUCAGUUAUCCUGUUAAAAAUAAAAGACACAACAAAUUACAUUGCAUACAUUAAAAUUUUAAAGGAAGUUAAAAUCAAUUGGGAGGACAUGAACUAGAAAGAGGAGAAAGCCGUAACAUUCCACCCACUCUCUUUUGGAAAUAUCUGGUGAAUGAAUGUAGAAUGUAUUUAAAGUGUGAGGGGGCUCUUGGGUCAUUUAGCUUAGUAUCUUAAUACUGUAUGUGUGCUUCUGUUUAGAUAGUGACAUUAAUUCCUGUGACCUUUUAUAACUUGGCAUUGGAACUACGUUUCCAUGCAAUAUACAGUAGAAAAUAGUUUUUCUCUUAAUCCUGAGCAAAGAUCAAGUGAGGAAUUUGUAUAAUAUUGCAGGUUUCAAUUUUGAAUUAUGAUCUUGGAGUAGAGGGGUAGUUAAAUUGAAAUGUGAAGACAUUUUAGUACAGUAUAUUUCUAUGCUGAUUGAAAGUUCAAUGCUCUCUUUAGAUACAGGUAGCCAGGAAAGAUUGCAUCUCAAAAAUUUUGAAGUAAAGAGGACAUUUUGCAUAUCGUACUUACAUUUUGAGAGACCUGAUAUUUCAAACACUUGAAAAAUGAAUGCCAAUAGCAAAAAUAGCAUUAUUCCUGCAAAAUGUAAUGGAAACCCAGGUGUAUUCUGGAUUCAUAGAGUACAAGACAGGACUGCACCCUGGAUGAGACAUUACAGUCCAUUUUGGGAAAUAAGUAGACAAGUCUUACUAGUCCUUACCAGCAUGACUUUGGAAGGUGGGAGAAAACCAGAGACCAUGAAACAGAUAGGAAAUUGCAAAUUCCACACAUAAGGGGCCACAGACCAGAAGUGAAUCCUGAACCCGAUACAUGUGAAGCUAACUGCCACACCACCCUGCUGCCCAAGUCGAAGCAUGUUAAUGAAAAUUGUGAUAUGAAGACCAGAAGAGAGCACAAUGAUUAUUAGCAUUGAUAAAGGGAAACUAAUGAAAUCGGGAUGGAUGCAGAUUGAAUUUACACUGCUGGAAGUAUAAAGAACAAACAGAAAUAAGUGACAUCUAGGUUGGAAUUUCAGAUGUUCACAUUUACUUUUUACAAAGCAUACAGACCUUUAGAAACCUAAUUUCUUUUCAGCCUGUUGAUCAAAAAUAAAUUGCCAUGGAAACCCUAUUUUUAGAAAUUAACAUUGAUUGAUUGUGUUAUGUGGCUAUUAAGUGAGAAUUCUCUCAUUACUUUUAAACGUAAUUAGUCCAAUAUAUGUGAUCUAAUGUAUUGACAUGCAAACCUUUAAAUUGUUCUGCUGUGGUGAUGUGUCAGGUGUAACAUUCAUCUUUAAUCAAAAACAUUUCCCACUAAUGCAUUUUGAUAGUUAGUGAACAGGCUUUGUUGAUAAAGAAUUUCCGAGGGACCCUGAGCUGUGCUGUGUAUGUCCCCUGCAACCCAUGUCAACACUGAAUGAACUUUCAUCUAGUUUCUAGGUUUUCUGUAAAUAAAUAAAGAGAAACUGAAUUGCUGUUUAAAUUGAUUAGGCUGUUACAUGAAAGCGAUAAAAUGUUUUGUCUUUAUAUGUAUACUUUCCCUAUUGAUUCAUUGUUGAAAGACUUAGCACUUUCACAGUAUGUGAUUUCAAUAUUGAUUGGCUAUAUUCCUCUCAGUAAACAGGUUUCAUCUGGAAUCCCAGCAUUAUAAAAUAUACAGCACCUACAGUAAAAUACGACAGUCUCUCAUCCAAGGACAUCAAUUUUAUGUUAAUAUCCAUCUAGCUAAGUGGGUUUUAUGCUACCUCGUUUCAGGUUACCCAGGAGUUAUUUUCUGAACGGAUUAUUUUCCCUAGCACAUUUAAAAGGCACAUUUUGCAGACUUUCAAGGCUGCCUUGAGCUAUUAAUAGCUUGUGGAGGCUGAUCCGUUAAUGGGUCCAAAGGUUGGGGAAAACAGAUUUUUCUGAAAAGCACGUUGUGAAAUCAUUGGUAAGAGAGUUUGUCAUCCUGAAAACAGCAGUAAUGAACUGGCUUUCCACCUUGAGCAGCUUCAACAAAACAAAGGCCAGUGUUGAGCAAAACCAAGAUUGCAAAAGCACGAGAUUGGCUAUUGCUAAAAAAAGAGCUCUGCGUAUUUGAAUGGUCCAUCUCAAAUUUCACUUUUAUUUGCAAGUGCCAGAAAGGCUACAGGUGGACCAAAAUAUGUUUUACCAUACAUUUUUCCCCUCAUGUCUGUACCUUUAAGUCUAUGCCAUUCAAAGGAGGAUCAGGCAAAAUAUUUAUCCAUGUAGCAUCCAGUGCUGUGUUUAAAUCAGAUUUAAUUAAGCACUUGGGUUGUAUUUCAUUUGUGCAUAAAAAGCUGAAUUAUAAUAAAACAAGAAAAUUAAAGGCUGUGAGAACCUACACAAUGACCAGCAGAGGACACUGUAAACCUAUGUACAGUAUGUGUUAAACAUGUAUAUAUUAUAGGAUUAACUACCAACAUCUCAAUGCGCAAAAUUCUAAAAGAAGAUAUAAAACACUACUAUAUCAGCUGUAUACUGGAAGGCAAGGAAGUAGGAGAACUCGAAGUGUCUUUGAAACAAUCAGUUUGAGUUUAAAGCUUGUUUUUUUUAAUGAAUUAAUUACAGCCUAUGAGAAGCUGCUGUAGGAAUGGAAUUACUUAAAAGAUGCAGUAACAAAGCUGCUAUCCAUGGUGCUGAAAUAUUAACUCAACGCCCAUUCCUAACUCCUGCAAAUGAAACCAAAUAAUUUAAUUAACACUAUCAUUGAAAAGAAAAUAGUUUCUCCAUUGAAAUGGUCAAGCAACAAGAAGUCAUUUGACUUUGAACCUCUCAGUCGUAGUUACCAAAGCUUAAUUUUUCAAUAGCAUUUUUCUCACCAGCAUGAAGUUCUACUUUGACUGUCAAUGAGUGUUUCUCCAUGUACAGUAGAUACAUAAUUUUUAAUUGUUUCUGAUGCCAUCUGUAACCUUCAAUAUAAUUCCAGGUGCUUUGCUACUGCAAAUGUAAGGAGAAGGAUUUGAGGUAUAUAAGAAAAUGGUCUGUACAUUAUGAGUAAAUGCAUGAUGCAAGGUUGCUAAUGGUUCGACUAACUGCAAAUUCUAUCACCAAUGUUGUACGUAUAGAAAUUGACUAUAGUAUUGACAAAUCCUGUUAAGAAUACUUUGUUUAUAUAGACCCAUGAAAUGUAUGACCUGUAUUUUGAUACAACAGGUUUCACAUUAGUCUGAAUAAUUUUGUUAUCAGCAUAGCAGGUAAUGUACUGUACAUUUACAUAGUAAAAUUUAGAUUUAAUGACAUUGGCUUUGUGGACAGUAAUGGAUUAAGCAGUUUUAUAUUUAGAAAGUAAGAUCCAUUUUCCUGUAAAUGUUGUGGUUUCUAUUAUAAAAGUUAUUUUACUGGAAGGACAAAGUUUCAAUUUGUUGUCAUUCUGAAAUUGUACAAAGGAUCGCUGCUUUGUUUCUGAAACCCCCCUCACAUUUAUGCAACUCAUUAACACGUUAUUCUUUUCAUUAGCACCUCAGCACACUACCCCAUAUUUAAAUAGUGGAAUGUAUCACAUUAGUACAAAUAACCUGUUUAUUGAGCUGCCAGUCAGUGUAACAAUGUGAAAACUGCGCUUGUUAAUGGCAGUUUGGAGAUUCCUUCAAGGAGAAAGUCAGUGUCUUAAUAUAUCCCUCAGACAACAUUAACAUCAAGCAGUUUCACACAACGAGGGCUUUUGGAGUGUCCACUUUGGAGGUUUACACAGCUAGAUCCUAGUCUCUUGGCUUUUUUUCUGAUCUGUACAACUUUCCGUGAUGAUCAAAGUGGAUCAUACUGCAGAAACCAAGAGUGCUCUCGAUGUGGUAGAGCAGCAAGCAGAGAAUAAUGUCCACUCAGCCCAACAAGACACAAUUCCUGUGGUGGAGAGUCGAGACCCAAGAGGUGUAAAUGCAUACCUUAAGGUUUCCUUCGAAGAUGUGAUUGCAGAACCAGACACAGUACAUAGUUUUGACAAAGUAUGGAUUUGGAGCCAUGCCCUGUUCGAAGUUUCAAGGCUUUGGUUUUACAGGAUAAUAACACUUGUCCUUGCUAUCCCUGUGUCUUUAAUCAGUGGAAUACUUUUUGCUAUAUUAAGCUGCCUUCACAUUUGGUGCGUCAUGCCUUGUGUCCAAAUCCUGCUGAUCAACAUGAGGUCCAUACAGACCAUCUGGGGAUCAGUCCUGGACAUUGCCAUCUCCCCUUUCUUUAGGAGUAUAGGGAGGUGUUUCAGUGCAAUCGGUGUGCGUUUGGCUCAUGACUGAAACGUCACGUUGGGUCAAACAUCUAAGCUGGCAUCAUAAAGUAUGGUAAAGAAAGGAAUGGAUGACCAUGUAACUUGUCUUAAUACACCACAUUCCAGAAGUAAGUGGUCAAAAUUGAUGGGUAUAGACCAGGAAGCACUGCAAAGUUCUACCCUUGUUGCAUUUGGUACAAAAGCUGUUGUUUCAAGCAGCGUGAAAAGCAAACAAAUUUAGCUACAGAAAUGAAGUAUGAAAUAUAGAAAUCAUAUGAAAGAGUAAGGCUAGCUGAUGACCCAUAAAACUAUCGGGAAAUAAAAUCUGUUGUUUUAAAGGGUUGUGCUGCUAACGACAGCAAUAAAACAAAAAUGUGAAUUUAAUGUGAAGACAGCCAUGCUUCAUUUGUCAAAUUUGUCAAAAUGGCACAAGAUCAAAGGAGCACCCUUUCCUUGUAAAAAUGCCAAUGUUAAUAUUUACUCCAGACCUACAAAAAAUCAAUUAUAAAAUAUACUUUCUUAAACCUUAUGUAUACACUUUUGGGACAAUGGAGUACAUUUUAGGCUUUCUGUUAAUGACAGAAUUUGUUAGAUUGUUGUAGAAUUCCUAGCAGAUUUAUUAGUACCAAUAAGUAACAAUUCAUAGAUGUUAUUGUUUAGUCUUUACUCAUACUGUAUAUACAAGGCUGCAUUUUUGCUGCCUGUCUGAUUUAUCUUUUUGUUCUUUUGGGCUAAAUUGUAAUGUACUUUUUAAUGACGCCUCCAUUAAUCGGAAUGAUUUUUAACAUUAUUCAGCCUUGUUUAUUGAUUAUGAUGAGGAAUUAUGCUGUGUUUGAAAUGUAUACCCUGAAGGAGUAUGUUUGCAUUCCUUAUGAAAAUGUAUGAACAACCAAAGCCUGGAAACUUGCGAGGAAUGACCUUCUCUGUGUAAAACAAAAGAACUACCAAAGUUUGUACUAACACAAUUAUAAAAAGGACCAGUACUAUGAUGCUAUUGUGCUGAAUUUA